CUAUUCCCUCCCUAAAACAAAUUACGUCUUAAAACAAAUUACAAAAAAAGACUUCAUGUUUCACAAGCCAUGAGAGGAUCGAAGAAGAAACCUACCGAAAUUAACUUCGGAUUGUGGGGGAAUAUCAUUAUAUGUGCAAGAGUUCCCUUAAGGUAACUGGUCAGAUUCUUGUAAAAGAUAAGUUUGAUGCUGCUAGAUUUUCACCUUUCUGGAAUGAGAUUGUCAAGAAUCUAAGAGAAGAAGAUUACAUUACUAAUCUGGAAAUGGAAUUGCUUCAAAUGCCUAAAAAUACUGGAACUGUUCCCAUGGUGCAAUGGCCUCUUUUUGUACUAGCCAGCAAGUUAUUCCUUGCAAAAGAUAUAGCUGGAGAGAGUGACACACAAGACGAACUAUGGGAUAGAAUUUCAAGAGAUGAUUAUAUGCAAUAUGCAGUUGAGGAAUGUUUUUACACCAUCAAGCUAAUUUUGACUUUAAUUUUCGACAAAGAAGGGAACGAAUGGGUUGAAAGAAUAUACGAUGACAUUAAAGCAAGCAUAGUGCAAAGAACAAUCCACUUUGACUUUCAACUAAAAAAACUCUCACUUGUUAUGCAAAAAGUCACUGCCCUUACUGGAAUUCUGAAAGAAGGUGGAAGCCCUGAAUCCUUAAAUUCUCAGAGAGACCACAUUAACUUCAAGACCUCAAAAGGGAAUAGGACUUAUCAGAGAGACCACAUCAACUUCAAGACCUCAAUAGGGAAUAGGACUUAUCAGAGAGACCACCUCCUAAAUAUGAAAGAGAAUUGGGGAAAACCUAAAGGUUUUGGCUACUGGUGUUCCUGAAUCCUUAAAUUCUCGUAAAUUGGAUGACAAACUAUGAUGAAUCAAGCCCUAAAUCAA